AUGGAGAAGACAAGCAUCAUCGUCGACGACGACGAGUACAUCUUUGACGGCUUCUUCCUCCUCGGCGCCGACGCCAUGCCACCCAUGGAGUAUGUGCGCAGUGGCGUCAAGUGCACGCUGGCGCUCGUGCCACAGGAGCUGCCACCGCACCAGUACGAGCACGACGCGAUGCUCUCGUUCGAGCAGUUUGUGCUCUGGCAGCUGCUUCGCAUCCCCAUCUCGGAGCUCCCGGGCUUUCAAGGCGACCGUGGCAUGCACCUCUACCCGCGCUUUGUCUUUCGGAAGGACCAGACGUCCGAGACGCUGCGUCAGGUGACGGCGUCGCAUCGCCUCGGCUUUGGCAUCGGGGCGCUCUUGCCGCUCCCUGCGCUCUUGAACCAUGUGCAAGAGUCGUCGUCGACGACGGCCCAUGCGUUCAUGAGGACGCACUCGGAGGCGCGUCUUCGGUACCACGUCGUGUCGACACGCGCGAAACAAGACUACUUUCGCAUCGACCGCGCCAAUGCCUUCUUGGGCCAAGUCUACCAUGAAGGGCGGGGGGCGCCAGCCCACGACGGCGUCGCCGACCUGCGCCAGUUCAAUGCCCAUCAGCGCUUGGGGGCAAUCCAUUGUAUAGCCACACCGGUGGAGAAGUGCAGCUUUGGCCAGCGCGCGUCCGAGUGCUACCUCUCGGGUCUCAAGGCUGACGUCAUCGAAAUUGCGACCGCGCUGCCGCUUUUGACGAGAACGUUGGCCCACAUGCGACAAUUGCAGGCGUUGCAAGCGACGUGGGGUCUUUCGUUUCGGACGCCGGCGCUCUGCCACGAAGCGUUCGUGCACGUCUCGUACAUCGAGUGCGGCAUUUCGUCGGCCAACUGCGCCCCCGCCAUCCACGCCCGCGUGCGACUGGGCAUGCCGCUUUCUCGCCCGUCACUGUCGUCCACGAAGAAGCGGAAAACACCGAUGUCGGAGCUCGAGUCGAUUGUCGACGCGCACGACGACCGAGACUUUCAACGCUUGGACCCGUCGCCGAAUCUGCGGUCGUAUGGCCGCCUCGAGUUCCUCGGCGAUGCGGCGCUGAGCCUCGUGGCUGCGUGUGCCACCUUUCUUCGGCUGCGCGCAGCCCCCGAGGGACAGCUCACGACGAUGCGCGCCAGCAUUGUGAGCAACGACACCAUCGGCGAGAUGGCCAUGAAAGUGGGGCUCCAGCAUCUCGUCCUCUGCGCCUACGACGUGACGACCGCGCCCGUGAAACUGGUGCAAAAGAUCGCUGCCGACUGCUUGGAAGCCCUUCUUGGCGCGCUUCUCGUCGACCUCGGUCUCGACGAGGGCAUGGUGGCUGUCCGCGCCCUCUUUUCUGCCAUGGUCAAAGCGUACGACCCCGAGCUCCACGAGCUUCUCUUCCUCUCGGAAGACGCGCUGCGGGCGGAGGCGCGAAUCUACUUGGACGAAGACGCGGCGGCGUUUCAAGCGCACCCGCAAGCGGCUUGGCUCCUCUCGCAAAAGACCAAGUUUGAGGCCGCGCAUGCCUCCGUGCCUCGUCUCGAUCGCCCGCACGUCUGGGUCCGCGCGCUCACGCACAAGUCAUUUUGGAGCCCGAGCAUCGACCAUACCGCGUCGUACGUUCCCAGUGGUCCUGGCAACUACGAGCGGCUCGAGUUUCUCGGCGACGCCGUGCUCGAAGUCGUCGUCUCGUACCAUCUGUGGAGCGUGUUUCCGCACCAGCAUGAAAACCUCUUGUCUAAAGUCCGGUCGGCGCUCGUCAAUAACGUACGACUUGGCCACGUCGGCGCGGCCCAUGGCUUUGAGGAUGUGAUUCGCCUUGGCACCAACGUGGUCGCCAACGGCCUCCGCCUCCCAGCGGUCAUUGCGGACGCGUUCGAAGCGCUCCUCGCAGCCUCGUUCCUCGAAAACUGGUCCCUUCUGCCCGUCGCGUCUUUCUUGCAAGACGCUCUCUUCCCGCUCCUGCCCGAGGUCGUGCGGCAUCGCGAGUGGCUCUCACCGCGCCAGCGUCUCAUCACGUACCUCCGCAAAGUGCAUCCGACCGCCGACGUGAUCUUCCAAACCACGACGCCCAUGGACGACUCGACGCAACACGCUAUCGCACUCGUCCUUGACGGCUUCCUCGUGUGUCGGGCCAGCGCAUCCACCAAGGAUCUCGCGACCGAGAGAGCCGCGACAAAGGCCAUGCAACUCCUCGGGUUUCCAUAACCAACUUUGACG